AGGAGCAGCAGUCUCUUUAAAGUCGGCUAAAAGCUCCACAUUUGCAUCGCAUGGACAGAAGGGCGAGUGGAGAGCUGUGAUCUGCCCGCUCUGCAGCGCCUGGACUCGGCUACACCGCACAGUUUUGGCUCCUCACAAUUGAGAGGAAUGUGGCUUCUGGAGAAGAUCCGCGGCUCAGUGGAGGGUAACGUACUCCGAGGGGGUGAGGCUGCGGACAAGCAAGCCAAGGCACCCACCCACAGCAAUGUGCUCACGCCUGACAAGAUCCCUGACUUUUUCAUCCCGCCCAAGCUGGUGUGCUGCCCCCCGGAGGCUGACACGCCCGAGAUGAAGCCCAAGAAUGGGCUCCACUCGUCCACCUCCGAGCAGACCAUCUGCCGCAAGACGCCCCAGAGUGGCUCACGCAGCCCCCGGCUCAUCUGCAAGCUGGCUGGGGACACUAAGAACCUGCUUAAGGCUGCCAACCGCCACAUCAUCCAGAUUGAGAGCGCCGAUGACUUGGCUGUAGGAGAAGUGGGCGACUUGACUACCAACGCUGACCCACAGUCCCAGACGGCCAUGUCCCUGCCCUAUGUACCCAAAGCACAAACCUCAUAUGGGUUUGCUACACUCAUGGAAAGCCCCCACACUCGUCGCAAGGAAUCCCUCUUCCACAGUGACCCCACCAGCCCCUUAACCUCACCUAACUCUCAGCGCAAGACACAAUCAGGCAACCGCCUUGACCCAGGAGACUGCAGCGCCUCGCACCCCAAUCCAUACCGCUACUUCAGUGGUGGCGAGAGCGACACCUGUUCAUCAGCCGAAUCUUCACCUUUCAACUCACCCUUGCUGUCCCGCUCAGCCUCCUUGCUCAAGAUGUUUACCCACGAGACACAGGCCAAAGUGUCCCGGGCGAAGCGGACAUUCGCUCGCCACUCAUCACUGUCUACAGAUGAGUGCAGCUCAGUGGAGACCAGCCCCAACAUCCAGCGCCGCUUUCGCUGCCCUCCUUCACCAGCUGCAGGUGGCCGCAGGGCAGGUGGGAGCAAUGUGGAGCGCCUCACCCAGCACACGGUGGUCCUGCACAAGGGUGGUACGCUGCGCCUCUGCACGGACUACGACACAGAAGCAGCACGACUGAGGGUACGUGUGCUGGCCGCUGAAGACCUCUACGAUAAGCAGGUGGAUGUCAAGAGCAUCAACUGCUGCGUGGCACUUUACCUGAACCCUGGCAAGCUUCAGAAACAGCGUAGCAACAUCAUCAAGAACAGCCGCAACCCUGUCUUCAACGAGGACUUCUUCUUUGACUCUUUGCCUGCCUCUCAGGUGAAGGACCUGGCCAUCAAGAUGAAAGUGGUAAACAAAGGCACCAGCCUGAAAAGGGACACCCUGCUUGGCGAGAGAGAGGUUCCCCUGAAGGAGCUGCUCACAGGAUUCUAGUAUGAACCAGCCUUUCCAAGCACAAAUGGAGUUAUGAAAUAACAGAAGUUGGGGGAAGACUAUGCCUGAAACUCCUCCUCCUUUUUAUCUAACUUCCUACAUGCACAGACUUUUCAGUUAAUUAGGUACACCUAAGCUUGUAUCUAGAGUCACUGGCCAUGUUAUGAGAUACCCCUACUGUAUCGAUGCACUUUAUAGGUACAUAGUUACUGACUGUAGCCCCUCUGUGGCUGCACAAUUAAUCAGUUACACUCUACCCUGUGGAAAUGGAAAGGGAUCCCCAUUGGACCAUGUCGACCAGAUAUUACUUGUGUGGUGAACCAAUCUCAGCACACCGACAUGGUACCAACAUGGUGGCAUAAUAGUGGAUGGAAGUGGAGUAGCCAGAAUUAUAUUUUAGCAAGGUCCUGGUCACAUGUUGUGGGUUGGCACCAAUGGUCCCAGAGCCAUUGCAGAGACAUUGCUAAAAUGAGGUUGACAUCUCAAGCCUACUUCACUGUAGCUAAGUCAUUAGAAAAGUACCCCUAUUAAAGAAUGAAAAAAUAAAAUUUUACACGCAACACGAUUGACUAAUUUCACAUUUACAGUUACUAUAACAACUGACAGCGAGUACUGACUAAGUAAC